ACCUAGUAGAGUCUUAUCGAAGUAUCGGACUGAUUCGUAUUGACGACAAUCGUUAUUUAUUCGUAUAUUUAAAACUUAUAUAAAGCUAGGGCUAUAUUGUUGCAAGAUAGAUGUAUAUAUAUAUAUAUGUAUAUAUAUAUAUUUCUUGUAACUUAUUUAGAUAAGACCUUUCCAAACUGUAAAGUGGCAGUUUAUAAGUGUAUACAAUAAAGUAACAUACUAACCUACGAUAUAGUGUAACAUUAAACCUAAAUUGAAAAAAAUGUUUAUCUAUCUUUUUUAUUUUAUAAAUAUAUGGACUUUAAAAAGUCACUAAACCGAUGCUAGAAUAAUUAAAGUUUAUUAAUAAUAUAAUAUUUAUCAAGUUUUCGUGCAUCUAUAAUGAUUAAUAUAUGAAGAUAUACUUUUGAUAUUAAAGAAUAGUUUUUGCAAAACUAUUUCAUUCAGAGUCGACUUUUGUUUGCAAAAAGUGUGAUUAUCGUUUAUUAAUGCUCAUAUAGAUUAUAUAUUCUGUAUACAUAACUGAUUAAAGAUUGAGUAUUUUGCUGCUAGAUGGUAAAAUUACAAAAUAAUAUUGCUUUGCAUUUAGAAAGAAAUUCAAGUGUUGCAUUUAAGCGGUGGUACAUUAUCCACCACGGCUUUUACAGAGAUGGUUGGAUUGGCGGGCGGGGGAGGUCACCUUUAUCCCUCGCCCCCAAUGCAACCUAAUCCAGAACUUAGAGAAAUGUCUGGAAUUGCACCCAGUGCUCCUACAAGUGCAGAUGCUUGUUUAAGUAUUGUGCAUUCUUUAAUGUGUCAUCGUCAAGGUGGUGAAAGCGAAGGAUUCAGUAAACGUGCUAUUGAAUCAUUGGUGAAAAAGCUUAAAGAAAAGAGAGAUGAGUUAGAUAGCCUAAUAACAGCAAUCACUACAAAUGGAGCACAUCCCAGUAAAUGUGUUACCAUACAAAGAACACUCGAUGGCAGGUUGCAAGUUGCUGGACGUAAGGGUUUCCCACAUGUCAUUUAUGCACGUAUCUGGAGAUGGCCAGAUUUACAUAAAAAUGAAUUAAAACAUGUGAAAUAUUGUCAAUUUGCUUUUGACUUAAAAUGUGAUUCAGUAUGCGUGAAUCCUUAUCACUAUGAAAGAGUUGUUUCACCUGGCAUAGGGGUUGGUUUCCCCCGCACAGACCCAUUCUUUGCAGACCUGUCUGGAUUGUCGCUGCAACCAGGAGUAGGUGUAGGGCCAGGCAGCAGAUUGGUGAAAGAUGAAUAUACUGUUGGGGGUGGCGGAUCAGCAGCUGCCGGGACAAUAGGAGCGGCUAUGGAUGUUGAUGGUGAAAUGAAUCAAACUAUUCAACACCAUCCGCCUGCACAACCUCCUACAGCAAAUAACACACCACAACCUCAACAAGGUUUUAUACCAGGUUUAGCACCACCUAAUCCAACUAAUGGUGAGGGUAUAUUUGGCAGUAGUGGGGGAGGGAAUAGUGGUAAUCCCCACACUAAAUUGGACGACAAUAAUUGCCCUAGGCAAACUUGGAUCCCUACACCUCAUCACUCUUCGACACAUAACAUACAUCAUCCAGUAGUACAUCCAAUGAGUCACACCGUAGGUAGCCAGCAGCAGUCAAUAAACACAGGCAGUGGAAGCAACAGUACUCAAAUAUUGAGUUCACCUCAAGGACAAUCAACAGACACAUUCUAUGGAACUACCACCCCUCCUCAAGAUAUUAAUCAACCGUCAACAAACGUUGAGGCCUUAGCAGCUUCCUUAGGCGAAGGUCAAAAUUCUCCAGUGUCACCUGUACAUAUUCACCAUUCAAAUGGAUUUACUGUUGGCACAGCAACGAAUCCAUAUAAUUCCGGAGCUCCGCAAUGGACAGGAGCUAAUACACUUACUUACACACAAAGUAUGCAACCUCCAGAUCAUAGACAUCUUCACGCUACAUCUUACUGGGCUGGUCAUGGAGGAGACGUUGCUGGAAAUAUUGGUGGAUUAUUGUCUACGCAACCAGCACCUGAAUAUUGGUGUUCUGUUGGUUAUUUUGAACUAGAUACACAAGUAGGAGAAACUUUUAAAGUUAGCAGCGGUUGCCCAACUGUUACAGUCGAUGGUUAUGUAGAUCCAAGUGGAGGUAACAGAUUCUGUUUAGGCGCAUUAAGUAAUGUACACAGAACGGAACAAAGUGAAAGGGCACGUCUACAUAUAGGAAAAGGUGUAGUGUUAGACUUAAGAGGCGAAGGGGAUGUGUGGUUAAGAUGCCAAAGUGAGCAUAGUGUUUUUGUACAGUCUUAUUAUUUAGACAGAGAAGCCGGUCGAGCACCUGGAGAUGCGGUACAUAAAAUAUAUCCUUCUGCAUAUAUUAAGGUGUUUGAUUUGCGUCAAUGCCAUAAACAGAUGAGAGGACAGGCAGCUACAGCGCAAGCUGCUGCUGCUGCACAAGCAGCUGCUGUUGCAGGUCAUCUUACGCAUGGAGCACCUAUAACUAAAAAUUUAAGUGCAGCUGCAGGUAUUGGAGUGGAUGAUCUUCGACGACUUUGUAUCUUACGUUUAAGUUUUGUGAAAGGUUGGGGUCCUGAUUACCCAAGGCAAAGCAUAAAGGAAACUCCAUGUUGGAUUGAGGUACAUUUGCACAGAGCUCUUCAGUUAUUAGACGAAGUAUUGCAUACUAUGCCAAUUGAUGGUCCACGUGGUAUCGAAUAAUUUUACAUACAUUUUGAUAAUAUACAAAAAGAAGAAGAAAGGUCACAAUGUUAGAGAUGUGAUGUGCAAAAUGUACAUUAUGUAUGUAAAGGGACUUUUAAUAUGUAACACAUUCUUAAGAUUUUAGAUUGAUAUAAUUUUUGAAAAUAGAAUGAAUGAAAUGGAAAUAUUCAAUACAAUCGCAAAAAAUUGAAGAAACUUUACCGUAUAAAUUUCAUUGAAGCAAGUGUUGGAGAAAAAGAAGAAGAAAAAACGAAACAGAAAAAAUUAAGUUUGAAAUACCAAUUAAAAUUCGUCUCAAUGGUUUACAGUAUAUACAGAUCAAGUCAGUUAAGAUCGACCAUUCGAAUAAUUUCUACACUAAAAUUGUAUUGUAAUUUGUACGCUUAGCUGACUCACGCUGUAUAUGGUACAAAUUAUAGAAAUAAAAUGUAUGCCACGGCCUUGUACUAUUUCAACAAUGUACAAAAAUUAAACAAAGGGGAUAUUAUUAUUUUUUAAUCAAAAAGUUAUAUUUUACUCUGACGAAAUAUAUCUGCAAAAGAAAAGAAAAAAAAGAAGAAGAUUAAAAAUGUAUUCUAGUAGACAUUUGGUCUAUCUUAUUAUAAAGCUGAAAUUAUUUAAAAAAAGAAGGCAGCUGUUUCAGCUUGAAUAAAAUGCAUUGAGUAAAACAAAAUUAAAAGAAAAGAAAACAUGUAAAAUACAUUCUCAAAAGAAAUAGUCAUAACGUUAUUUUAUUGAAAUCAAUGUAUGAGAUACAUUAUCAUCAUUGAUGAUAAUAUUCAUAUCAAUAUAUGAGAUUUAUCUUUUAAUAUAGUUUGAAAUAUGUAAUCUGCUAAAUACAAUGAACUUAACAUUUGUAAUAUACUAUUUGGAAGAAGAAAAAGAAGAAGAAAGAAA